AUGACCUCGCCUCUGGCAAAAGCUAAACUCUUUACACAUAAGUAUACACAUAAGUAUGGAGAUCAAUUCCUGCUGUUCCACUUUGUCUCUCUGUGUAAAGAAGACAGUUUUGAUCAAAUAAGUUCCUUUGAAAUACAAGAGUUUAAUGAGUUCUCAGAUCACGCACCGUUAGCAUUCUCGAUUAAUAGUGGAGGACUAAAAGAUCACUUUGACCAACAAACACACGGUGAGGAUACUUGUAUACGUUGGGACAGCGAUAAGAGAGACGCUUUUCGUAGAUCUUUGAUAUCGAAACUACCCGAUUUUAAUGCUAUACUAAUUGGUCAUGAUAAUUGUGAUAAAACAUCUAUAAACAAAUGUGUUAGUGAUUUUGUAAGUCUUAUAAACAAUGUUGCUUCUCCGCUGUUCAAAACAACAGUAAAGAAACGUAAACAAACAGGCUUUGUACACAAAAAAUAUCCUGUUAAAAGGUCUCAGUGGUUUGACAACGAAUGUCAUAAUAAGAAAUUAGAAUACCUCGAAGCAUUGCAAUUGUUUAAUUGUACGAAAACAGACGAAAAUAGAAAUUAUUUUAAUCUAAAAAAGAGAGAGUACAAAACUGUUUUGAAGAGGAAGAAAAAAAUAUAUACUAAGUUGAAAAUGUCCGAAAUUGAAAACUUACGUGGAAAAAAUCCCAAAGCAUUUUGGUCGUACUUCUCAAAAAAGAAAUGCAGAAAAGGAGAAAAUAUUGAUAUAGCCGAUUUUUACGAAUAUUUUAAAGGGAUAUCUGAGGAAAUUUCAAUCUCAGGCAAUCACGACGCAGAGGAAUUUUGUAAGAGAAAUCUGAACCAUAAUGACGUCAUAUAUGAAGAGCUCGACGGGGUUAUUACGUCAGAAGAAAUCUUGAAAGCGAUUAAAUCUCUAAAACGCGGUAAAGCUGGCUCCUUAGACCACUUGAUUAAUGAAUAUUUCAUAGAAGCAGGAGAUAUUUUAAUCGGACAUAUUGUUGAUAUUUUCAAUAACAUUUUUGAUAGUGGAUAUUUUCCGGAUCAAUGGAUGGAGGGAUUGAUCAUACCAUUAUAUAAAAAAGGUGACGAAAAUCAGGUUAAUAAUUAUCGCGGUAUAACUUUAAUAAGUUGUAUAGCUAAAUUGUUUACAUCAGUGCUAAAUAACAGACUUACUUGUUGGUCCUGUAAAUAUAAUAUUAAUACGGAUGCGCAGUUUGGAUUUCGCGCGGGAUUUUCUACAACAGACGCUAUUUUUGCUCUUCAUACUUUAGUGGAAAAUAUGUUGAAUAAUGGAAAAAGACUAUAUGUGGCUAUGGUAGAUAUGAAGAAAAUCUUCGAUUCUAUUAACAGAAAUGCUUUAUGGUAUAAGCUGUAUAAUUUAGGGAUUUCUGGAAAGAUGCUCCGUAUGCUUAGAUCUAUGUAUACUGAAGUGAGGAGUAAAAUCAAACAUUGA